GGAGGCUAUCAUUGACAGACAAAGAUCACGCAGAUAACGACAACGACAACGCUGAGCAACGAGGAGGCUACCAGCGACCAGCGACCAGCGACCAGCGCCCAGCACAAUCUCAUGCGUAGAGACUGAAAAACUACCCUACUUCUACACCCUCAACCUUCGGCCAUCUCCCAACACUCUUCCACCACAUCCCACACUGACCUGGCCAUGACUGAGGGUCUCACUCGCCGAAGAGGAGGAGGAGGAGGCGGAGGCGCAACAGCAUCUCCUGACGGACCAUCUAGCUCGACCUUUGACGCAUCAUCGUCUACGAACCCUACGCGACGCUCGGGAGGUAAUGCGGCUGCGGGUGUGCCUGGACCUGCAAAUGGAGGUGCGAGCGGAGGAGGCGCCAUUGAAGGUCGAGGAAAGGUGGCCUAUGAUCCUCGUGACUUUGAAGACAAAGGGGAGGCAAACGCUCAGCCGAAAUUGACUUUGAUGGAAGAGAUACUGCUUCUCGGACUCAAAGACAAGGCUGGCUACCUUUCGUUCUGGAAUGACAACAUCUCCUACGCCCUCCGGGGCUGCAUCCUCAUUGAACUUGCCCUUCGUCGCAGGAUCGCAAUGGUCAAAGACCCGUCGAGGAGGCGUCUAGCACUCGCAGAUAGACUCAUUGAGGUGAUUGAUGAACGUCAAACUGGAGAAACCAUUUUGGAUGAGGCCUUAAAACUCAUCAAGUCGAGUGAAAAGUAUGGCACGGGCGCUUGGGUGGAUCUCAUGAGUGGUGAAACAUGGAAUGUAAUGAAAAUCGGGUAUCAAUUGAAACAAGUCCGUGAACGUCUCGCGAAGGGCCUGGUGGACAAGGGCAUCUUGCGCACAGAAAAGCGCAAUUUCCUUCUCUUCGACAUGGCCACUCAUCCAGUGGUCGACAUGCAUGCCAAGGAGGAUGUCAUGAAGAGGGUUUUGGCCCUUUUGACAGCGAGAACGGCCGCCGUUCCACCGCAAGCUCUUCUCAAGGAGGAUAUCAAAUACCGAUAUAUGCGCGCAGUGGUCUUAGUCUGUGCAGCUUACGCCUCCAGCGUCCUGGAGAAUGCGCUUCAGCGGCUCAAUUAUGAUUCACGGGAAGCGGCCUUUGCUCGGUGCGAUGACAUUCUGGCAGAGUUCAGCACUUGGCCAUUUGGUCAAACCACUUCGUCGAGUGCCGGCCCAGUGUCGAUAGGUGGUGGGCCGACCAGGAAACGCGAUUCCGGGGGAGCGGGAAGGGAAAGUGUGCAAGAGCUCGUUAGAGAGGUGCGGAAAGAGAUGGUCAAGAGCGGGGCGCAAGGCAAGGAGACGGCUGGGGCUGGUGGCGGGACAGGUGAGGAUGAGGAUCUCUGCCUCGAAGUCGUGGCUACGGUUCUGGAGAUCUUCGGAAGAAUGGACAGUUUGCUGUAAAACGGGAUAGGUUACCCGAUUGUGCUGUGCUAGCGCCUCUGGUCUGGAUCAUUCCUCUUAGAUCGUACGAAUCACCGAUUGACGUCUUUUCAUGCAUUGAGAGAUUCACAUUACCAGGCUGCUGUCGUGUCGAUCUUAGAGCGUCUCCAAGCAAUAUGGCACACUGCGACAAUCGUUAUCAACUCGAAGUCCACCUCCUCAGUCUGAGCCUGGACAGACC